GAUCAUCAUGAUGUUUUUUCAAUAAUCGUGUGUUACUAAUUAUUUAUUUUUUUUAUAUUCAAUUUCUAUGAAUGGUUGUUAUGAUUGCAAUUCAGAAAGUGACGGAAGGCAUGGCAAAAAUAUUGUUUCGUCCUUGAAGUCAGAAAUCUGCCAUAACCAACAUCAUCCUACAACUCUUGAAUUUUGCUAUCAAGAAGAAAGUCCAAAAAGAUUUUUUUGUCAUCGAAAUAUCAUGGCGUAGGCUUGAUUUCAUUCAUGGACAUUAUUGAAACAAAAGAAAUUAUUAUCAUGAACAGUUAUAAAGAAGAUUAAUAUAUUAUUACAAUUAUCAUUAAUUGUCAUGACAUUUUUAACCAAUCGAUCAUACUUUUAAUUGUUAUAAUAUACGAAAUACAUCCUACUAACCAACAUUUAAGGCCAUGGUUAUAACAGAUAUUCUUAACAUCUAGCCCGGUAUUUAUCAUCAUAUGCGAUAUAAAUGAUGUAUCAGCAACUCAUGCUCAGUUGCAUCUAAAAAGGAUUCGUGUUUUCUGUUGAUAAUAAAAAUGUUAUUGGCGAACAACCGAAAACAUUUUUCAUUUUUUUUUCUACACAAGGUUCUCCAGCAUCACAAUACUGUAUCUAAUUUCCACUUAUAUCGAGCAAUUUAACUUUCACCGUUAUUGACGAAUAGACAGGAAGUUUUUAAUUUUUUCUUCGAAUUUAUUCAAAAAAUUUAUUCUCGAUUUAACAAAUUUAUGAUGGAUGUUGAAUAUUCAUUAUCAGAUUUUAAACAAAAAUUAUUUCACGUCGAAAAUAUUUUACGAUCAACUAUGACUGAUGAGCGGUAUAUUCCAAAAGCAGAUAAAUGGCGUAAUACAGAUAGCUUCAGCACGUAUAAAAAUUUCAUCGACUGUCAUGAAGUUUUUCCCAAUAUUAUUAUUGGAAACAUAUAUGCUGCUCGAUCUAAACCGUUUUUGAAAGAUAUUGGCGUUACUCAUGUCUUGAAUUGUGCUCUUAAUCAUUGUUUGACAUAUAAUGACAUGAAAUUUGACCAGGAAUAUUAUCAAGAUUACAAAAUCAAAUUCAAAGGGCUAGAACUGGAUGAUAUUUGUACGGAAAACAUUGCACGUUAUUUCGACGAAUCAAUUGAAUUCAUCGACGAUGCCAUGAAAAAUGGUGGUAAAAUUCUAAUACAUUGUUUGGCGGGCAUUAGUCGUUCGGCAACAAUUACGAUUGCAUAUCUCAUGAAACAACAUUCAAUGACCAUUGAAGAUGCUAUCAAAAUAGUUAAACAAAAUAGACGUGUUUAUCCUAAUGAAGGCUUUCUUAAACAAUUGGUUGAAUUAGAUUUUAAACUACGAAAACAAUCGGUUAAUCGAUGAACUAAAAUUUCAUUAUUCACCAUUUUUUAUCGAGUUUAAUUAAUCGAUUGUCAUAUUUUAAAAU